AUGGUUUGGGACAUCCUCAACAGGGACUACUUCAGAAUAGAGCGCAAGCAAGCCAGGGCCAUUGCUUUCCUGGUCGAGCCCGAGUACAAGGGCAUGGUUCUGGUCUUCCGGCACGACGAUGCAUGCCUAGAUUUCGACGACCUCUUCACACAGAUCAGGAAGCUAGCCUUGCUCGACUCUAGCUCGUCGAAGUUUCCAGAAAUCAUCUUUGAUCUCGGGAGUACGUUUGACUUCCGCGACUACGUCUUCAAGUACAUUGACCGUCGGUAUGGCCGCUCUUUUGCGCUGCUCUGUGUUCAUUGCUCGCGGUGUACAGCGCCCACCAUUGAGCUCUGGCCCGAAGAGCUGGAGAAGUGUGCGCGCCUCGUCGUGCCGACGACCCCAAAGCCAAAGAGCGUCCUCGAUCUACUCAUGGCAGGCAUUUACCACACCUUGUUCAAAUGCGGGUCCCUCCACAAACGUAAUUCGAGAAUCGCCAGGGCCAUCUUGGAAGUAAAGAAAUCCGCGCGAAAACACGAUGUCCCAUUCCUGAUGCUCCUGGUCAACACCACGCCGGGGCUCAUCUAUGGCGAGGGCGGCGACCUGAAGGCUAUGAAGAAAUGGGUUGAGCUCAUGGGCACCGUGCAGCAUGGAGUGUACCGAUGCGUUGUCCCGCCGGAGGCGAUAGAGCUGAAAGAGGCUCGGCCGCUGACGCUGCAUGGUGAACGUGUUAUUGAGGUCGAUUCAAUGACGAGAUGGCCCGAAGAGGUCUCGUUGAAUGGUGGCACGCAAGAGGGGCUUUCAGCCAGGAGAGAUAUAACAUGA